ACAUAACAAAAGUAGCUACUCCUCAUGGCCAUGUUUUUGUCCACGAAAAUAUCACCAUAUGUUGGUCAUUGUCGGAUCCGUCAACCGCUCAAGCUGCCGUUCUUAAAAUAACACACGUGCCUGACGGUGAAUUCACUAUAAUCGACAAAGAGUUGGCACUUAACACAUUACAGAAAAAUUGGGUGGUUUCAGUGUGCAGCGGAACUUAUUAUUUUUCAAUAAUUGAUAAUGAUGGUGAGGUGCGCUCGGAUAAUUUUAACAUUCUGGAAAGUAUUCUGACUGCUAGCUUUUUGGAUGUUUCGGCACCUACACCUACCCCUACAAAUUCUUCGGAUGGUAAACUUUCCACGACCAUAAUAAUAAUAAUAGCAAUUUGUGCGGCGUUGGCG